UUAACGAUAACUCUCGCUUUAGGUGUGGGCGUGAAUGUGAAUCAUAUUAAGUAAAAAGUGCAUUAUAAAUACAAUUAAACUGCUUUUAUAAAUAAUGGCAGCUACACUUAAACCAUAUUUAACAGCUGUACGUCAUUCCCUGACAGCUGCCUUAUGCCUGCAGGACUUUCCCUCUCAAGUAGUGGAACGACACAACAAACCCGAAGUAGAGAUCUGCUCAAGCAAGGAAUUGGUCCUCACUCCCAUAGUGGUCUCCAGGAAUGAAAGAGAGAAAGUGCUUAUUGAACCAUCAAUCAAUUCUGUCCGUGUCAGCAUUGCUGUCAAGCAGGCAGAUGAAAUUGAAAAGAUUCUGUGCCACAAGUUCACCCGUUUCAUGAUGCGGCGGGCGGAAUCUUUCAUUAUAUUGCGUCGGAAACCCAUCGAGGGCUAUGAUAUUAGCUUUUUGAUAACGAAUUUCCAUACCGAACAAAUGUACAAACAUAAGCUGGUGGAUUUUGUCAUCAGUUUUAUGGAGGAGAUCGAUAAGGAGAUUAGCGAAAUGAAACUGGCCGUAAAUGCAAGAGCCCGAACCUGUGCCGAGGAGUUCCUCAAGCGGUUCUAGGGAUGAUUGUCUUAAGAGAUUCCAUAAGUAAAUGAAAAGAAAAUACUAACAUUGUUUCCAGAAUAAAGACUUUUGUAUUAUUAUAAUUUAAAAA